AUGAGCUCAAAGAUCAGGAGAAAACCGACCAGCCCAGUUCCUGCUCCUCAAAAGGGAGACAGCCAUCUACAUGAAGAACGUCAGGCAAGCAAGGAACUUGGGAUGGAAAGGAUUCUGCUCCCAGUUACCUCAGCUCAACUAAUACUACUGAAAGAAAAGGAAGCGACAGGAGGCCAACUCCAAAUAGUAGCAGGAAUCCUCGAAGAAAUUUUCCCAUACCCUGACUCAAUCCUGAACCAGGCAACAAGUGUAAAUUCUUCACCAAAUGACUGCCCUUUCUCUCCACAGGAGGUAGCUAGAACGAUUAACAGUCUCCCAAAAGGAAACAUCAUCUUAUUCCGUAAACCAGAAAAACCUAUUAAUGAAGCAACCUCUUACCGUCCAAUAUCACUCCUCCCAACAAUAGGCAAAGUCUUGGAGAAGCUCCUAACCCAAAGGCUCACCUACCACCUGGAAAAGAACAACCAUAUAUGCAAUAGACAAUAUGGAUUCCAUGAAGGGAAAUCAAUGGACCUGGCCAUUGACAACUUAAUGAGGGAAAUCAAACUGGCAAAACAAAACAAGAACCACGUCCUCCUGCUCUUAAUUGAUAUCAAGGGUGCGUUCGACAACAUUCAACAUGCUGCAAUCGUAGAUUACCUGAAUAAUAGCAAUAGCCCUGCCAACUUGAUAGAAAUUUUCAAAGACAUACUUAAAAAUAGAAAAGUCGUCCUCAACACAGCAGAAGGACCAGCAGAAAGAGAACAGAAACAAGGCUGCCCACAGGGAUCCUGCAGUGGCCCUGCUCUCUGGAACCUGGUAGCAAAUGAAAUCCUUCAGCAGGAUUGGCCACGCAACACCACCAUCCAGGCUUUUGCGGACGACUUUGCUAUAACUCAUGCUCCAACCAGGAAAGAAAUUGAGAACCAAAUACACGCAGCAAUAGAAAAAUUCUCCAAAUGGGCAAAUAAAAACAAGCUCAAAAACACGACCAACAACUGCGACCUUCAAAUUAGCCAACUAGAAAUAGACUAUAAGAUUUCAGGUUGGACUUCUCAUCCCUCGGUACACCUAGAAGAUCACCAGAUUUCACUUGACGAUGGAGGCUUGAGAUCGGACCCGAAUGGAAUUUACACAGAUGGAUCGAAGACGGACAAGGGAGUAGAAGCAGCGUACUGUGUCUUUAACAAUGGAGUAACUACAACAACUUGGGCAACAAAACUGGCCCACCACAACACAGUAUUUCAAGCUGAGAUCCUGGCCCUAUACAAGGCCGCAGAAUUCCUGAAGUCCACAUCAGCAACAUCUGCCAUCUACGUCGGCAAUAGGUCCAGCAUCUUAGCAACAAAAAAUCCAAAAACCAAUAACAAAUGUGCCAGGAGAAUCUUUGCAAUACUCUCUAAACACGCAAACAUAAAGAUUUCCUGGAUUAAAGCCCUGGAUAUGCAGUCCUGCAUAGCCCAUGACAUCCCUGCUCCAACCCAACCUAAAACCAACCAUUCCUUUUCUAACCCAGCCAAGCCAGCUCCUCACCAGUCUAAUCGAAUUCAGCUCGCCUACUCCAAUGCAACCCACUGCAGCCUAAAAAUCUUCAACCCAGACAACUACAACUCAGCCAAUAUCAGCUCCACAUCAUCAGCCCAGUCACCAUUACCUCCACAUCAUUAG